UCGGGGCUAGAGCGUCUGGAGAGGAAGGAAGGAAAGGCUCUAGUUGUGUUUGUGCGCCUGCGUGGGUCUGGACGUGGUGCUGUGAAGAGUAUAAAGAUUAGAGUAAGAAAAGAAAAGAGAAGCCAUGUUUCGAAGACCUGUAUUGCAGGUACUUCAUCAGUUUGUAAGACAUGAGUCUGAAAUAGCUAGCAAUUUGGUUCUUGAAAGAUCCCUGAAUCGUGUGCAGUUACUUGGGCGAGUGGGUCAGGACCCUGUCAUGAGACAGGUGGAAGGGAAAAAUCCAGUCACGAUAUUUUCUCUAGCAACAAAUGAGAUGUGGCGAUCAGGGGACAGUGAAGAAUACCAAAUUGGUGAUGUCAGUCAAAAGACAACAUGGCACAGAAUAUCAGUAUUCCGGCCAGGCCUCAGAGACGUGGCAUAUCAGUAUGUGAAAAAGGGGUCUCGAAUUUACGUGGAAGGGAAAGUAGACUAUGGUGAAUACAUGGAUAAAAAUAAUGUGAGGCGACAAGCAACAACGAUCAUAGCUGAUAACAUUAUAUUUCUGAGCGACCAGACAAAAGAGAAGGUGUAGCAUGGACGAUUCUUCUUUGGCCAUUGUUUGGUACAGUCUCAAUUCUAAAUCAUGUGUAGUCUUUGUAGUUUCUAAAGAUAAGAAUUAAAAUACUCUUUUA